AUGGCAUUGCAUGGCAUGGCAUGGCAUGGCAUGGCGGGAACGUCACAUCCACCGCUUCUUCAGCAGCCUGCCAUGCCUGUUUGUACAAGAAGCAGUGGCAAUGCAGCGGCAUCCAGCCUGACCUGGGCUAGCAUCAAGUCGCACGGCAGGCCACCAGCUCAGCACGCCUAA